AUGGCUGAACCGCGAGCGCCGCAUCCAGAGGCCAUAUUGUUGUUUCCAAUAGAUCUUGCAUCUAAUUCUCAGCUUACCAUUGAUCUUGUUUCAGCGUCGCUCUACCGUUUGGCGGCGCUAUCGACAACCGUUCCCUACAAAUGGGGCUUCAUCGACCGCCCGAAAGACAACGACGUUUUUUGCAUCCAUCAUCGUGGUGGACCGCUUACGGAUGGACUCAUGUAUCUCGAGCAGGAGCAUCGACAUAUCAUUCCCCGGCAUGGACAUGGACCAGAUAUAGAAUGUCUAGAGACUAAGCAAGGCUUCAUUCCGAACCAUGACAACCAAGCUUUCAGGAUUCGAAGACGUUUUCACUUUGUCAAGCCGCACGGGAACCCAUCACUGUUCUUGGUUGCAUACCAAAGAAGUCAAACUCCUGUUCCUGUUGCUGCCCAUCUUCAUCAGCAUAUUCGACACUACCCACUGCCUCCCCCACCGCCUGUUCAUAUCUUUUUAGCUGGACCGCGUGCAGGAGAGGCGAUUCAUGACGAGGAAGCGCGUACUAUUAUCGCCAACGUCCAGUCUCGCGCACCCGAGUCGUAUUACAACCAGCAAAGAACCCAAGCAUUCUCGCACCCUGGUGGUCCUGCAGCAUAUGGUGGCGUCGCUCAGGACAUUUCUGCUCAUACAGCGGCCCUGAAGGAGCUCGAAAGGAAGAAGCGGAUGGCCGCGGCAGCUAGUCGACGUGAUGAAGAUGAUUCAGCAGACGAAGACACUGCUGUCUCGGUUCGAACAUUGGCUUUGAGCCGUUACAAAAGGAACCAUGAAUUCAUGGAAGAAGUCUUCCAACGAGCUGCAUUCGGCGCUCGAAAGGUGGAAGCGACAUCAGAUUCGAACCCAGGAAUGACCCUUGAAGAGAUUUUAGCAAAAUUGGAGAGCACGCAAGCUUCGGUGGACGAGAUGGAGAAAAGGCUCAGCGAGCAAGAGCUUGGCGAUGUUCGCGUGCGCGAGUUGUAUGAUGAAGCACGAGAUCUCUCCGACGAGGAGCUUGAGCUCGAAGAAAGAUAUGGUGACCUUAAGAAUCGAGGUUUCAACUAUCUCAUUCCUCUGGGCAAGACUCUGACGCUACGAGAGGAGCAAAUAGAUUUGCAAGCUGCGAGCGACAGUGCGUCCGAGGCGCCAGAGCAGCCAGAAGAGGCGUCGGUAGAAAAUGAUGCUGCUCCAGCAGAGGGAGGUGAAGGCGAAGAGCAGGAUCUUGACGCCGAAUUAGAAGACCUGGAUGAAGGUGAUGGCGACGAGGAGGAAGAGGAUGAUUCACAGGAAGAAGAUAAUUCUCAAGAAGACGAAGAAGAGGAAGACGCUAUGAGCGAGUAA